AUGGGUCGAAAGUCGCAAGAGAAGCCGCCGUUCACGCAGCCCGUCGAAAAAGAUCAGCCGGCGUGGCGGUCUCAAUCUAGAAUGCUGCGCUCAUCUACGCCAAGUCCCGCUGUAGCUGCAACCCCCUUGCCGUCUAACAAGAGCUUGACGACGAACGAUGACUACAACGCCCUUCGACGGUUCACCAGUCUGCUGCUCUCGAACAAGACACCGCAAAAGGCUCACAUCCCCGUCACGUCGUUGUACUCUGAAUACUGCCGUCUGUACGAGCUGAUCUCCUCCCACGGCGCCGCCCGAACCCCCGAGGUGGAACAACUCUGCGACUCGAUCGAUGCCCGUCUCGACAAUGAGGAGCAGUUGUCGCCAUUGCAGAGCUCGGCCCGGUCGAUGAUUGGGCUGACGAUGAUGCGACUGCGGCGGCGGAUCGGGGCUCAGCCCUGGGUGGACGGCGGUGAGCUGGGCAAGCGGUGCUACCGUCUCGGAAUCUCCAUCAUCGAUAUGGCCAUGUGCGACCGCGGCGGCCCGUCGAUCCUC